AUGGAGGCGGAUCCGCAUGAAGGAAGCAGCCUGUUAGCGCAUGCUGAUAGCAGUGCCAACACCGGCCACACGACCAAGGGAAGCAAUCACAAUGGCAAAGGCGACGAGCACGCCCUUAAGCCUCGCCAGGCCAUCAAGGCUUAUCCGAUGGCGAUAUUCUGGACUUUGGCCGUCUCAAUGACCGUCAUCAUGGAGGGUUAUGACACGAUACUCAUCGGUAACUUUUUUGCUUAUCCGACGUUUGCAGAAAAGUACGGCAACAGGAUAGAUAAGCAUGGCCAUCAUCAACUAUCGGCACCAUGGCAAGCUGCGUUGAGCAACAUGGCCGGCAUCGGAUCUUUCUUUGGUGUUCUUAUCAACGGCCAUCUUGUCCAUCUUUUCGGCCAGAAACGCGUCAUUAUUGGUGCCCUGUGUAUGCUAUCCUGCUGCAUUUUCUUCACCUUCUUCGCGCCCACGAUUCAAGUACUCGCUGCUGGCGAGUUCCUUUGCGGUCUACCCUGGGGCGUCUUUGCGUCGUCAGCUCCUGCCUAUGCGAGUGAAGUCCUGCCCUUGAGUCUGAGGGUAUAUCUGACAAGUUGGACCAACAUGUGUUUCAUCAUCGGCCAGCUGAUCGCCGCGGGUGUGCUGGCAACCCUAGUAACAAGGACAGAUGAAUGGGCCUUUCGUAUUCCUUUUGCUAUCCAGUGGAUCUGGCCUGCUUUCUUGAUACCACUGCUCUGCUUUGCACCCGAGUCGCCGUGGCAUCUUGUUCGAAAAGGCGAGCACAAAAAGGCAGAGCAGUCGCUUCUGCGUCUAAGAAGGUCCGACCUUGUGGACAAAAGUGAGGUCCAAGAGACUUUGCGAACCAUUAUCCGCACCGACAGGCUAGAGAAGAAAAUCACAGCUGGUACGAGCUACUGGGACUGUUUUCGCGGCGUUGAACGACGGAGGACUGAGAUUGCGUGCAUGGCGUUUGCUGGUCAGAUGUUCUCUGGUCUGGCGUUCGCGUACAAUUCGACAUACUUCUUCCAGCAGGUCGGCUUGUCACCAAGCCAAACAUACAGACUGAACAUUGGAGGUACCGGAAUGGCCCUUGCGGGUACUGUGGUUUCCUGGUUUACACUCAUGCCAUACUAUGGCCGACGGAAGAUCUUUCUGACUGGCAUGUUCGCAUUGUUCUUGAUACAGUACAUGAUUGGAAUCUUGAAUUUCUGGACAGAUAAUGGCACAGUUGCCAUGACUCAAGCCGUCAUGUGUCUGGUAUGGACUUUUGUGUUUCAGCUCUCCAUCGGGCAGCUGGGUUGGGCUCUCCCUGCCGAGGUUGGAUCCACAAGACUGAGGCAGCGCACAGUCUGCCUGGCGCGGAACACUUACUAUAUCGCCUUUGUCAUUGCCCAGACGCUCCAACCAUUUUUCAUGAACCCGACGCAAUGGAACAUGAAGGGUUUUACUGGCUUCUUUUGGGGUACUACGGCAUUUCUGACUUGGCUCUGGGCCUAUUUCCGAUUACCAGAAACUAAGAACAGAACAUAUGAGGAAUUGGAUUGGCUUUUUGCUAAUCAUACGCCGACAAGAAAGUUCGAGACGACCGUUGUUGAAAUUGAGGACGAUGAUGAUGAUGAGUACGGGGGUGCGGAACCGCAUGGCGGCCAAGCUGAGACUAGUGGAUGA